CGCCGCCGCCGCCGCCGGCCCGCCAUGGCCCGCCUGACAGAGAGCGAGGCGCGCCGGCAGCAGCAGCAGCUCCUGCAGACGCGGCCCUCGCCCGUGGGCAGCAGCGGGCCCGAGCCCCCCGGGGGGCAGCCCGACGGCAUGAAGGACCUGGACGCCAUCAAGCUCUUCGUGGGCCAGAUCCCGCGCAACCUGGACGAGAAGGACCUCAAGCCGCUCUUCGAGCAGUUCGGCCGCAUCUACGAGCUCACGGUGCUCAAAGACCCCUACACGGGCAUGCACAAAGGCUGUGCCUUUCUCACCUAUUGUGCCAGGGACUCCGCCAUCAAAGCUCAGACUGCCCUGCACGAACAGAAGACCUUGCCCGGGAUGGCGCGGCCAAUCCAAGUGAAGCCAGCGGACAGCGAAAGCCGCGGAGGUAGAGACCGGAAGCUGUUUGUGGGGAUGCUGAAUAAGCAGCAGUCGGAGGAGGACGUGCUGCGGCUGUUCCAGCCCUUUGGGGUCAUCGACGAAUGCACCGUGCUGCGCGGGCCUGACGGCAGCAGCAAAGGCUGUGCCUUUGUGAAGUUCUCCUCCCACACCGAGGCCCAGGCGGCCAUCCAUGCCCUGCACGGCAGCCAGACCAUGCCGGGUGCUUCCUCCAGCCUGGUGGUCAAGUUUGCCGACACCGACAAGGAGCGAACACUGCGGCGCAUGCAGCAGAUGGUGGGCCAGCUGGGCAUCCUGACGCCAUCCCUCACCCUGCCCUUCAGCCCCUACAGUGCCUACGCCCAGGCUCUCAUGCAGCAGCAGACAACGGUCCUGUCCACGUCGGGCAGCUACCUGAGCCCUGGCGUGGCCUUCUCACCCUGCCACAUCCAGCAGAUUGGCGCCGUCAGCCUUAACGGGCUGCCUGCCACGCCCAUCGCCCCUGCCUCUGGUGUCGUGCCCUUCCCUGGGGGGCACCCUGCCCUAGAGACUGUGUAUGCCAAUGGCCUUGUGCCCUACCCAGCUCAGAGCCCGACCGUAGCCGAGACCCUCCAUCCCGCCUUCUCCGGAGUCCAGCAGUACACAGCCAUGUACCCCACCGCGGCCAUCACGCCCAUCGCGCACAGCGUCCCCCAGCCGCCGCCCCUCCUGCAGCAGCAGCAGCGAGAAGGAGUUUGGAGACACGGAGCUGACGCAGAUGUUCCUGCCCUUCGGCAAUAUCAUCUCCUCCAAGGUGUUUAUGGAUCGGGCCACCAACCAGAGCAAAUGUUUUGGCUUCGUGAGCUUUGACAACCCGGCCAGCGCGCAGACGGCCAUCCAGGCCAUGAACGGCUUUCAGAUCGGCAUGAAGAGGCUCAAAGUGCAGCUGAAGCGGCCCAAAGACCCGGGACACCCCUACUGACCGCGCCCACAGCCGCCCGGAGGCUGCGGGCCUGGCCCAGGUGAGCCGCCAGGCGGCCCCACCCACACCCCGCCCCCACCCCGUCUUGGCCAAACACCCUCUCAUUCUCCAAACCCUCCCCAGCCCUGGGGGAUGCUGCUGGAGGCCACAAGGAGCCCCCAGGUUGGGUUGGUGAGGACAGAGCUAGACCAGAGUCACCCCCCAUUCCUCCUUCGGUCAGGGCUGGAACAGAGGGUGUAACCAGGAUCCAGGGGUGGUUGGGGAAUCCUUCCAGAAGAAGGCUUUGAAGGAUGAAUAGAAGUUCGCCUGAGAGGCCAGGUUUGGUCUGGGGUGGGGUGGGCUCUGGGGAGGGGCUUCUGUCCUGUCCUACGAAUCU